AUGUACUCGUCUGCUGCUUCGAAGCGCCCCGGCCCAAGGGAUCACCAGAACGGUCCACCGGUGAAGAAACCGUAUGGGGUUCAACAACCACAACAUCAUCAUCACCCACAACAACAACAACAGCAAUUUCAUCAGCAUCAAAGGCAGGGCCAAGUCCCUCAUCAUCAAGGUGCUCCAUCGUCAUCUAGCCACCGAUCUCGACCCGAAAGUCAUCAUCGGAAUUUGGCACAGAUCGUGGAGAACGCUGGUGUGAAUGCGUAUGCUGAAAACUUUUCAAAAAUGAUCUCUCAGCGCAUGAACAACCCGUACAUCAGCCAAUUCAGAUAUCCGUACAUUCACGACGUGAGCUGUUACAGCAAGAUCACGAAGAUAGGUCAGGGAACGUUCGGGUAUGUUAUUUUAAUUUUUGAUUUAAAUCGCAUGAGCCUUCAAUUUAUGAAUUAUUAACAAUUUUUGAAAAUGAAGACCUCAAAAUAGUUUUAUAAUGUUCAUAUUUCCUUGAUAUUGUCGUACCUAAUGUCCCAUUCGAUUUCAGCGAGGUAUUCCAAGCCAAGUGUCAGAGAUCGAAGCGGUAUGUCGCACUGAAGAAGAUCUUAAUGGAAAAUGAGCGAGAGGGAGUAGGUUUAUACUAAUCUUUACUUUAUUCUUGAUUCUUAGUUUCCCAUUACGGCUAUCAGAGAGGUGAAGAUGCUUCAACGCCUGAAACACGAAUACAUUACAGAUCUGAUUGAGAUCUGUAACUCCAAAGGUAAGAUUCUACUCGAGUUUUGUUGUUUUAGGCUUGGUUUGUUUAAAAACACGGUUUUAACUAGUAGUUAUGCUAUAAUGCACCUUUUGGCUGUUUAGAAAUUGAAUUGGUCUAAUUAUUAACUAAUGGUUAACAUAAUUUUAUUCCAUAAAAAUAGAUUGACGACUAAUUUUCCUUUGUUUUAGGUGCAAACUCUCGCGAAAAGUCAAACUUUUAUUUGGUCUUUACCUACUGUGAGUACGAUUUGGCUGGCCUCUUGUCCCAACAGAAUGUCAAACUCGGCCUGGAGGAGGUGAAGAUAUUAAUGAAACAGCUUUUGAGUGGCUUGUUCAAGAUCCACAAGUCCAACAUUCUGCAUCGUGAUAUGAAGGCUGCCAACGUUCUAGUCAGUAACGAAGGAGUGUUGCGAUUGGCUGAUUUUGGACUGUCUCGUCCUAUUUUGAGUGAGUUUUUGUUGUAUUAGAUUUUUAGGGUUGACUGACUUUAUGAUGCAGCUAAAACAUUUGUCAAAAACAAAUGUUCAAAAACAAAUGUUUUAGUUAUGCUAAUUUAAAAAAAUCAUUUUAUCGAUGAGCUUUUGCAGAAUCCUCUAGCAAACAGAACUACACGAACAGAGUCGUGACCUUGUGGUACAGACCUCCCGAACUGUUGCUCGGCUCCAAGAACUACGGCCCUCAGAUCGACAUCUGGGGCGCGGGAUGUAUUAUGGCCGAGUUUUGGACAAGACUGCCGAUUCUGCAAGGAGACACGGAACAGAAACAGCUGGAGAUCAUCCAGAAUGUGUGUGGAGGCAUCAACGAGGAAGUGUGGCCUGAUUGCAAAAACCUCCCCCUCUUCAAACACAUGGACCUGAAACCGAGACAGCCCAGACUCUUGAGGUCGAAGAUGAGUAGUUUCACGAAAGUAAGAGUUUUUAAGAUUAUCUUAGGGUUAAAAUAGCUAAAAUGUUGUUUUUGGAUAUUAUUUUAGUCAUUUUUUGUUUUUUCCGGUUUUCGAAGGUUUUUUGCUUGUUAGAAUGAAAUGAUCUGAUGAUAAUAUGAAGUCGUUUUAAGGAUGAACACGCUUUGAAUUUGUUGGAUAAGCUGUUGACUUUGGACCCAUCACAAAGAGUAGAUGCUGAAAAGGCGUUGGACGACGACUUCUUCUUUGUUGAUCCGAUUCCAACCAAGCCAAACAUCAAACAUGUUGUGGACCUGCUACCGGUUAGUCUACUUCUUGUUUUCUGUUUUUAGGGCCAAAAAUAUGGUAAAUUCUUCUUUGUUUGUCGUUUCUUCGAAUGGUGGUUGAGCGUGGAUUUUGGUUUAGACUAAAACAAAAUUCAAGCCUAAAUUGAAAACCACGUCUAGCAAAAAUAAUUUUAUGUUUUCUUUGUUAUUGUUAAAUUAUUUUUGUUCAAAAUUGAUGAAAAAAUAUUUUUUCAGAAGAAUAUCUUCGAGUUCACGGCCGGCAGAGGCGCCCACGCCAAUCGCCGUCCUCAAAAUCACACCAUGCAAAACGGGAACGCUCAUCGCCAGCAGUCGCGACACCGUCCACAAGACGACCAGCUCACGGACUUGGUCUUCUGA